UGCGACAGGACCUGCCGCUGUGUCCAGUGUUCAUGCACCGCGGGAGCUCUGGGGAGCUGGCAUUUCUCAACAGGGGAAGCCCGAUACUGUACAUGCGCUGUGCGUAAACAUGCUCUGUCCUCUCUCUCGGGAUUAAAACCUACUUUAGAAGACUUUCCUCUCGCCAGGCACUACCCAUGUUUAAAAUGAAUGAAGAGCGGGAGAGGGCUGUCGGCGACAACCCGUGCAGCCCUUCGGGCACCGCCAGCUCCAUGUCCCAAGCGGAUCUGGAUUCGGACGCGCCAUCCUCUCCGACGGAGUCCGACGGAGCAGGCUCGGGCCAGCAGUUGCCCCGGGCCGAGAAGGCGGGCGGCGGGGACGAAGACGAGCGUUUCCCCGUGUGUAUCCGCGAGGCCGUGUCCCAGGUGCUGAAGGGCUACGACUGGUCCCUCGUGCCCAUGCCCAUGCGGGGCAGCCGCUCGCUGAAGGACAAGCCGCACGUGAAGAGGCCGAUGAACGCGUUCAUGGUGUGGGCACAGGCCGCGCGCAGGAAACUAGCGGAUCAGUACCCACACCUGCACAACGCCGAGCUCAGCAAGACCCUGGGCAAACUGUGGAGACUCCUGUCUGAGAACGAGAAGAAGCCGUUCGUGGAGGAGGCCGAGAGGCUGCGGGUGCAGCAUAAGAAGGAUCACCCGGACUACAAGUACCAGCCCCGGCGGCGCAAGAGCCUGAAACCGGGACAGACGGACCCGGACGCGCCGUCCGAACCGGGCCAUUCGCACGGGGACCAGCUGUACAAGGUCGAGGCGGGAGCGAGCGGCCUACACCCGGGCCUGGGGAGCCUGCAUCACCCGCACGACCACUCAGGUCAGCCUCACGGGCCGCCCACGCCCCCCACCACCCCCAAAGCCGACCCGAGCCACUGCGGCAAGCACGACUUCAAGCUCGAGGGGAGACGCGCCCCGGAUGGCGGGCGUCAAAACAUCGACUUCAGUAACGUGGACAUAUCCGAGCUGAGCACUGACGUCAUCAGCAACAUAGAGACCUUCGACGUGCACGAGUUUGACCAGUACCUGCCUCCGAACGGGAAUCACGGCCUGGCCGCGCUCGCGGACCACCAGGGUCACGGGCAGAGUGCGGCAGCUGCUGGCGGGGCAUUCGGUUCUUUCGGUCACGCGUACAACGGCGCCCCGUGGAGUCACAAGAGCACGGGGUCAGCGGGGUCUGUUAACGGCAGUGACGCCGGCCAGGCGAGGCCACAAAUCAAGACGGAGCAGCUGAGUCCACCGCGACAGUACGCAGAGCAGCCCAGCACUUCUUCAUCGCAGCCGGAGCUCGGCUCCUACAGCGCCCAGACAUGCUCCUCCACAACGGCCUCUUCUCUGCCCACCUCCUCGGCGGAUUACACGGACCUCCAGACGGCCAACUACUUCACCACCUAUCCCGGCUACCCCGCUGGGAUAUACCAGUACCCGUACUUCCACACCUCCCGGCGGCCGUACGCCACGUCCAUCAUCAACAGCCUCUCCAUCCCCCCAGCACACAGCGGCGCCUCGAACUGGGAUCAGCCGGUCUACACCACGCUGACGCGGCCGUAGGGGACCUCCAGCGACACUCAUCUCCCGUGGACUCUGGUCUAGCAGAGACAACACAUAGUACUAGACGGACUAAACACAGAGUCAGUCAUGAACUUAAGGAUGAAGGAACUGUAAGACUUUGUUUACACGUUAUGGUUUACAUUUACGCAAAUACUCUAAGCGCGUUACGCACACGAGAAUGUGUUUUUACUCUCUAAAAUGCCGUGUUUUUACUAAUCGGUUGGUUCAAACAACCAUAUUACUUGCAAAUGUUGUAACAAAACUGAUGUUUUUGUACGAUUUAUUACCAGUAGCGAUAACAUUUUAACUGCUUUAAAAGCCAUAUUGUGGCACAUUUCUACAGCUAUCGGAUUCCCUAUCAUUGCAAACAGAUUAAACUUAGUGAGGAUGUAUGAUAUCGUAUUUUGAUAUGGCCAAGGGACCGAAUGGACAAGGCCAUGUCACCUUGGGCCGCAGUGCCCGGUUCAUCUGAGUUAGAAUGGACACGACAUGAUAAGUGUUCUCUUGAAGAUACAGUACGUAUUUAGGUUAGGCCUUUUAUUGUUUUUUCAAGCAUUUGCGAAUUAAUUUUAGACAUGCAGGUGAGUCCUGCUUUAUUUCGAUUGGAUUUAAAAUAUGCUGGCCGUAUGACAUCCUUCGAUUCUAUGCAGCUUUGUGUCUUAAACUUACUUUGU